GAGGCUUGUGAAAGCAAACGGCCGCCGCCUGCGGCUCUGGCGCCGCUCAGCGUGUUGUUGCUGCGCCUCGCGGUCGCCACGGAGACGCCUGCUCCCGUUCUGUCUCCAGGUGAGUCAGUGGCCGGGCUCCUCCUCAGGCUCCAGGGAGGCUCCUUAUCUGGAGGCAGGAUGCAAAUUUACAGGGCUUCAACAGCUGCAACAACAGGAGGAGCGGCAGGUGCCAGGCUCCUCCCUCAGAGGGGGGAGGGAGGGAGGGAGCGAGGGAGCCAGUCCGUCUCCAGUGGGAGCAGAGCUAUGGACCCGGCGUAGCAGCAACAGCAGCAGCAGCAGCAGCUCCGCGCACAUCAGGACGACUCAGCUGCCGGACGGUUUCGGGUGGAGUGGAUCCUCCAACAUGGGCUCUUCCUCGGCGCUCCCCCUCCCCCUCCUCCUCCUCCUCCCUCUCGGCGCUCCGGGCCAGUCCACCAACGGCAGCUCGGCCUCGUCCAACCUCAGCUCCCUCAGCGGCGUCCCCGGCUGCGGCGCCGGGCUCAGCCCCGCCUACCGCUUCCUGUGCGACCGCUGGGCCGCGUGGGGCAUCAUCGUGGAGACCUUGGCCACCGCCGGCUUCCUCUUCAGCCUCCUGCUGCUCCUGGGCCUGUUGCUGUGGGCGCUGUGUUUCUGCGCCUCCUCCAGGAAGCAGUGUGGCCGCGUGGGCGGCCCGGUGGCCUCCAUGAGCCUGUUCCUGCUGGCCACAGCCGGGCUCUUCGGCGCCACCUUCGCCUUCAUCGUGCGCCUCUCGGCUCAGACCUGCCCCGCGCGCCUCUUCCUCUUCGCCGUGCUCUUCGCCCUCGCCUUCUCCUGCCUGCUGGCCCGCUGCCUGGUUCUGCUGGGCCUGGCGGCGGCGCGGGGCUGGGGCGAGCCCGCCAUCGCCCUGGGGCUGUUCGCCGUGCAGGUGAUCAUCUCCACCGAGUGGCUGAUCCUGGUGCUGCUCCGGGACCAGAACCCGUGCAGCUACAGCCAGCAGGAACUGGCCAUGCUGCAGAUCUUCGUGCUGUGCCUUCUGGCCGCGGGCCUGGUCCUGUCGCUGCACCUCACGUGUCGCUCCUGCUCCACGCACAGCUACAGCUACACGGGGCCCAACAACCAGCAGGGCCGCGUGCAGGCGCCGCUGCUGUUCCUCACGCUGCUGCUGUCGGCCGGCGUGUGGGUGGCCUGGAUCUCCAUGCUGACCAGGGGGAACGUGCAACUGGGCCGCCGGCCGCAGUGGGAUGACCCGGUGCUGAGCGUGGCGCUGGUGGCCAACGGCUGGGUGCUGCUGCUGGGCCACGGCCUGGCCCAGCUGGCCUUGCUCUGCAGGCGUGGGGGGUCCAAGGACGCGCCUCUGGACUUCACCGGCUGGACCGGCACCAGCGGCGAGAGCCCGGGGCCGGGUCCCAAGGAGGGCAGGGAGAACGGGAGCUUUGAGAACGACGGCGAGAACCGCAGAGGCAGGAGAAAGGACCCGUCGCUCCGCUCGCCCUACGAGUCGGGCUUCUCCAUGACAGAAAUCGACCCAGAGAAGGAUUACACCAUCCCUCGACCUCAGACCACCAACUAUGGAGAACCGUACGAUGAAUAUUACAGUGAAGAGUGAAGCUUCUCACACCAGCGCCGGCCACAACCUGCUCCUCAGCAAAAAACCUUUAAGCUUUUUGUGCAAAUGCAAAUAUUUUUGUGAUGUUAUACAAACUCUUAAGGACUUGACUCCGAGUUCUCCAGCUGAGCUUCAUGUAAACUGGGCCAACGCUCCAAGUGUGUGUUAGUGUGAUAGUGUGAGAUGGAAGGUAACAGGUGAUGAUGAGGCGAGAAGCUGUUGAAGAGCACCAUGGGUCAACGAUGGAGAGGAUGAGCUGGAUGAGAGCAGCCGACAGGAACCCGGUUACCAGCGUUACAGUUAAAACCAUGUGACUGUGCUGCACUCAAACGCAGAUGAAUAUUUACCAGUAGUCACAAACGGCUGUUUCUAUUAUUAAUUAUUACAUGUUGUCAAUAAAAGAUUUGUCUCCAGGA